AUGUCUGGUACAAAACCAGAAAACACUUCUGAAGGUGGGACCUUCUCUGCAGACAAGGCGAUCGAGAAUCUCAUCUCCACCUUCAACGAGCUCAACAGCAACGCCAUCGACGAGUUUCAGGAUGAGCCAAGCCCGCUCGAGUUCAUGCGAUAUGUCGCCCGUAACACGCCUUUCGUCGUAAGAGGUGGAGCUUCUUCAUGGAAAGCAUGUCGGGAAUGGAAUUCUGCCUAUCUCCUCUCUGCGUUGAAGGGUCAAUAUGUGAACGUUGCUGUCACGCCACAUGGUAAUGCUGACAUGCCUACUGUUCCUCCUGGCGAGGAGUCCCUGGUUUUUGCCAAGCCUCACUAUGAGGAUCAGCCUUUCGAAGAAUUGCUCGAGUAUGUCGCUCGACAAGAGACAGACCCUGAUUUUCCUGCCGAUGCUGAAGUCCGGUAUGCACAAACUCAGAAUGAUAAUCUUCGAGAAGAAUACAUAAGUCUAUUCUCAGAUGUGCAGAAAGAUGUUCCUUUUGCGAGAAUAGCGCUCGCCAAGGACCCCGAUGCUGUUAACCUAUGGAUCGGCAACUCCAAGUCAGUGACGGCUAUGCAUAAGGACAACUACGAAAACAUCUAUGUACAAGUCUUGGGAAGAAAACACUUUGUCCUGUUACCUUCACUCUGCCAUCCCUGUGUCAAUGAGCAGCCUCUCAAGCCCGCAACAUAUAAGCGAGGAGAGAAUGGCAUGAAGCUCGAAAUGGACUCUGAUGCUGAGACUGUCCCCUUUGCGAUCUGGGACCCGGAUAGGCCUGAGCAGAACGCAACCAAGUUCUCGCAUCUUGCUCGACCUCUACGAGUAACACUGAACCCCGGAGACAUGCUAUAUCUUCCAGCCAUGUGGUAUCACAAAGUUCUGCAAUCAUGCGCCGAAGAGGACGAAGGGUUCGUCCUAGCUGUCAAUUACUGGUAA